UCCUUAUGUAAGUAGAGCUUGUAGAAAAUCCCAUUCUUUAUCUGCUAUUCCUGUUAACAAAUUAGAUGAGCUGAGAGCCAAAAGUCAUUAUUUAACCCAAUGAAUGUUAAUCUGGCAAUUUGCAGCCUGGAAAAGCUGGCUCUUGCUUUUGGAAAUGCAUUCAUACACAUCUCAGUGUGAAAUCAGCUUAGGUAAUUGGUGCCCUUGUUUAUCUGGAUUUAUCAACAUUAUUAACAUGGUUUCUAGGAAGGUGUCACUUGCUAGAGGAGCUUUAAGUGGCAAGUUCCUUCAGCCCACCCUGCUGGGAAGCUGGAGUUCUUUUAAAUACACCAUCAAAACACUGCUACACUGCAUGGGUUGCCAAAAAGGGGAGACAAAGCCUUGCCAGUCAGCACCUUGCUCCUGGAAGAGCUGAGGGCAAGCCAUAGCCUAUGGCAGGAUGUUUGGAAWCUCACUGAAGGAUGUUGAAGUCCAUUUAUGGUAACUUCUGCACUGGUCUGUGUGCUAAACUGAACAGUGUUUGCCUUCGCAUUUUCAAAUAACACAUUUUUAGGGAAAAAAACCCAAGAGUUUUGUCUGCUAAUUGGCUCUUGAACUAAAUCAAUCAGGGAAACAAAUGUACCUCUCCAAGUCCCCACUUUGGAGUUCCCAUUAAGAUGAAACGAUGCCUGGAAACCAGGAAAUCAAAAGACUAAAAAAACACCCCAAGUGGUUUGGAUUUUCCCAGCAGAUGGAAAGGAGAUUUACAGCUAUUUCAGCUUCAGCUCCUUAUGAAAAUACUGGCUCCAAAGAUGUAUUCAAUAUCUGGAUGCAAAAUGAAUUUACAGUGGAGCACAUAAACUGAAAUUACAGAGAUCUGGGACAUGAGUAGGCUCAAGCCCGGSGCUGGUGAUGUUCUCCUGGCCACAGCCUCAUCACACUCAUUCCUUCAGCARGUCUGUAAACUGACAGCUCUGCUUCCUACCUUUUGCCAGUCUCAAAAGCCAUAGUUACCAUAAUGCAAAUAUGGAGCUGGGAUUUCUUUUAAAAGUAAUUUAUUUAACCAAAUUUACUAAGAUUGUAAUGUUAUAUGUUGUUUUUAAGAAGAAGGCUAUAGGGGAAAAGAAAAGAUCAAAUGAAUCCAGAUGUUUCAAAUUUUGCAGUCUUAAAUAGGCAGCGGAAAACCUGUAUGUUUUUUGAUUUGGUACCAUCAGCCUGGAGGGUUUCUGAGUACACUUACUCACUGAUGCAUUUGGGAACCCAUUUCUUUGGCUUCUGGGGUAAACAGAAUCUGUCCAUUUCUUUGUGGCAUUUUAUCUUAGAAAGCCCCUAUUCAUGGUUUCACUGAUGGUUACUCUCUGCCUGGUUACUUUAAAGGGGUUAUGUGAGAAUUAACUGGCUGCUGCUGUUUCCCCACUUAGGAAAAAGGCUUCUCAGWAUUUGCUGUGACUCUGCAAAAUCUGUUUCAUGUGAGAUGACGGUAUCGAAGUGGAGUGGUGUCUUGAAAAAUGUAAUGACCUGGACAGAAAGAUGGGUAAACAAAUCACAUUGAAUCAUGGCUGCAGACUCUAUGGAAAUUGAUGAUGCUUUGUAUAGUCGCCAGAGGUAUGUUCUUGGAGACACAGCCAUGCAGAAGAUGGCUCAGUCCCACGUGUUCCUGAGUGGUAUUGGUGGCCUUGGUGUGGAGAUUGCCAAAAAUAUCAUUCUGGCUGGGGUAAAGGCUCUUACAGUUCACGACACCAAGCACUGCACAAAAUGGGAUUUGGGGAUCAAUUUCUUCAUCCACGAAGAUGAUGUUACCAGCCAAAGGAACAGGGCUGAGGCGACACUUCAUCGUAUUGCAGAACUCAAUCCAUAUGUCCAUGUAGCAGCAUCAACUGUGCCACUAGAUGAAACUACAGAUCUGUCUUUCCUAAAGCACUACCAGUGUGUCAUAUUGACUGAAGUAAGUCUGUUGCUGCAGAAGAAGAUUAAUGACUUCUGUCACGCUCAGCAGCCACCUAUCAAGUUCAUCAGUGCAGAUGUGUAUGGAGUAUGUUCACGUUUGUUUUGUGACUUUGGUGAUGAAUUUGAAGUGCUGGAUACAACGGGAGAGGAACCAAAGGAGAUCUUCAUUUCAAAUAUAACACAAUCAAAUCCUGGUAUUGUCACUUGCCUUGAAAAUCAUCCACACAGGCUUGAAACAGGACAGUUCUUAACCUUUCGGGAAGUUAAUGGAAUGUCGUGCUUGAAUGGAUCCACACACCAAAUAACAGUKGUGUCACCUUAUUCCUUCAGCAUUGGUGACACCUCAGAGAUGGAGCCCUACUUGCACGGAGGCAUAGCUGUGCAAGUGAAGACGCCCAAGAUGUGUUACUUUGAACGGCUGGAGAAGCAGAUAACAAAUCCAUUAUGCCUUGUUGCAGAUUUUAGCAAGCCUGAGGCACCUUUGCAGAUCCAUGUUGCCAUGCUUGCCUUGAACCACUUCCAAGAGAACUUUGGUCGCCGACCAAACAUCGGAUGCCUUCAAGAUGCUGAGGAAAUGAUGAAAAUAGCCAUGUCUAUAAGUGAAACACUGGAAAACAAACCUCAGGUGAAUGGAGAUAUGGUGAAAUGGCUGUCUAGGACUGCUCAGGGAUUUCUACCUCCUCUGGCUGCAGCAGUGGGUGGUGUGGCUAGCCAGGAAGUCCUGAAAGCAGUAACAGGAAAAUUUUCUCCAUUGCAGCAGUGGCUGUAUAUAGAUGUGUUAGACAUUGUAACACCUUUAGGGAAGAUGGGCUCUGAGGAAUUUCUUCCACGGGGAGAUAGAUAUGAUGCCUUGAGGGCUUGUAUUGGAGACUCUCUGUGCCAGAAACUCCAUGAUUUGAAUGUUUUCUUGGUUGGCUGUGGAGCGAUAGGCUGUGAAAUGUUAAAAAACUUUGCACUUCUUGGUGUUGGUACUGGGCAAGACAAAGGAUUGGUUACAAUUACAGAUCCAGACUUGAUAGAGAAAUCUAACCUGAACAGGCAGUUUCUUUUUCGACCUCAUCACAUACAGAAACCUAAGAGCUACACUGCAGCAGAAGCAACUCUGAACAUCAAUCCUUACAUAAAGAUUGACUCAGAUAUUAAUAAAGUUUGUCCAGCCACUGAGAACACUUACAGCGAUGAAUUCUACACCAAGCAAGAUGUGAUUGUGACUGCUUUGGACAACGUUGAAGCCAGGAGAUACAUUGAUAGUCGUUGUGUAGCAAACCUGCGUCCUCUUAUAGACUCUGGAACUAUGGGAACAAAAGGACACACAGAAGUGAUUGUGCCCCAUCUGACAGAGUCCUACAACAGUCAUCGGGAUCCACCAGAGGAAGAAAUACCUUUUUGUACCUUGAAGUCUUUCCCAGCUGCCAUUGAGCAUACAAUACAGUGGGCAAGAGAUAAGUUUGAAAGUUCGUUUUCUCACAAGCCUUCCUUGUUUAACAAAUUCUGGCAAACCUAUCCAUCRGCAGAAGAAGUUUUACAGAGAAUAAAAUCAGGAGAGAGCUUGGAAGGCUGUUUUCAYGUUGUUAAAACUCUCAGUAGAAGACCCCGAAGUUGGACUCAAUGUGUAGAACUAGCAAGAGUAAAAUUUGAAAAAUAUUUUAGCCAUAAGGCUCUUCAGCUCCUUCAUUCAUUUCCCCUUGACACACGAUUAAAAGAUGGAAGUUUGUUUUGGCAGUCACCAAAGAGGCCUCCUUUCCCAGUGAAGUUUGAAUUUCAUGAUCCUUUGCAUUAUGGUUUCAUUGUGAGCGCAGCAAAACUCUUCGCAACAGUGUACUGUGUUCCUUUCACAGAAAAGGACUUGUCAGAGGAAACUAUUUUGGGGAUUAUUUCAUCUGUGAAAGUUCCAGACUUUAGACCUUCAAACAAAGUUGUACAGACUGAUGAAACUGCAAGAAAACCAGAUCAUAUUCCAGUCAGCAGUGAGGAUGAAAGAAACGCUAUUUUCCAGCUGGAGAAAUCCAUAYUAUCCAAUGAAGCUCUGGAAACUGACUUGCAAAUGAAGCCUAUCUCCUUUGAGAAAGAUGAUGAUAGUAAUGGGCAUAUAGAUUUCAUAACAGCAGCGUCCAACCUGCGAGCCAAGAUGUACAACAUCGACCCAGCAGAUCGGUUCAAAACAAAGCGCAUUGCUGGAAAGAUUAUUCCUGCCAUUGCAACAGCUACUGCUGCAGUUUCAGGGCUGGUUGCACUGGAACUCAUCAAAGUUGUGGGUGGCUACCCAGCUGAUGCRUACAAGAACUGUUUUCUGAACCUAGCCAUUCCCAUAAUGGUCUUUACAGAAAUUGCUGAAGUAAGAAGAACGGAAAUCAGAAAUGGGAUAUCAUUUACCAUCUGGGACAGGUGGACAAUUUAUGGGAAAGAGGAUUUUACUCUCUUGGACUUCAUAAAUGCUGUCAGAGAAAAAUACGGAAUUGAACCAACUAUGGUUGUACAAGGAGUCAAAAUGCUUUAUGUUCCUGUGAUGCCAGGCCAUAUUAAAAGAUUAAAGUUGACGAUGCAAAAGCUUGUGAAACCAUCAGCCGAUAAAAAGUACGUGGAUUUGACAGUAUCAUUUGCUCCAGAGACCGAUGGAGAGGAAGACUUGCCAGGACCACCAGUGAGAUACUACUUUGUUCAGGAAGACAAUUGAUGGUAGAGACACAGAAGUCACUCAUGGACCAUUUGUUCUCAAAGGAGUGUGCUAAUUUUCAGCUAUUAAAGAUGGUACUAUAUAUUUCUUUUUUGUGAAGCCUUAAUUAAAUGGUGAAAAUCAGUGGCUUUGCACUGAAGACAAACUGGAUUUAUGGAUUUAUGUUUCUUCUGCUCCUGUAUUCUUCAAGCGUGUUCGCUCAGAGGAGGAUUGGUCACUCCAUGAGAUGGAAUGCCCAGUACAGUCCUUSCCCUAAAGACAAGAUUUGUGUUGAGGAAAGCAAGAAGAAUGAUGAACCYAAGAAAUUCUCCCCAAGUGCAAAUUAGGCACUGCUUAGGGAAGAGUGCAAAAAAUGGGAAAASCACCAUUUUAUGAUACUCCUGGUGUUCUAAGAACAUCUCAUAUUCAUUUCAUAUGUUAYUUAAACAAGAAUUUCAUUCUUGACAUCUACACAUGAGAUUUAAUCCGAGAGGCUUAAACUCACACUUAAAAGCAGAGGAACUGUUUUCUUGUGUGCCUGGUUARUGGUGCCAUGGUCUGAGCAGCUGUCUGGUGUCAGUCUCAACAUGGAAAAAUAGGGAGUGGGUGUAAAUUGKCAAAACUUCCCUGAAGUCCAGAGAGCUGGAAUUGUCGAUUAUCUGCACUAAGACUGUUCUUUGUGGAAUACUGCAGUAUGGGGAAGGUGAAAACCUGUCAGAGAGCUGAAUUAGCACUUUGAACAAUAAAACUUCAUCUUCAACAAAGAGAAAA